AAAAGGUGUUGAGUUUAAGGAAAUCUUUGGAAAUUAGGGCUGGCAGGAAAAAACCCUUUUCGCUACUCUGUCAUGACGCUACAAGCAACGCUCGCCUUUGUCGUCAUCUAUGCUGCUUUACAGCUUGCAUUUUUUGUCCCGUUCGCUUCCGCUGAUGAGCAUAACCCAAAGCAAGCAGCCCCUCUUGCCCGCCAAUUAGUGUCCUUAUCAAAGAUUGGUGAGCUGGCAACCGUGAUGGCUCCUGGAGUGCGCGCGGGUAGGAAGCACUAUCCAUUUAGCACGCCAGAAUAUGUGUCGGACGAAUGUCCGUCUUCAGGAAGUCCUCUUUUGUAUCUGGUUACAUGGGGCACGCACGCACGUAAUGUUAGAGCUAGUCCACAUGCAUCCGUCUCUUUCCGGCAUCCAAACUUUACUCUUACACCACCGGACUCUCGCGGGGAACUGGAUGAAGCUCGCGUUUCAUUGUUGGGAGAUUUGGUCCGAGUCGAGGGAGACGAUGAGAUAAAGAAGGCGCAAGAAUGUUUUUUCGCGCGGCAUCCAGAUGCCAAAGAGUUUCCACACCAUUCAGCUUUUUAUCGCUUGGAGGUUCAGGAUGUGCGAUGGAUUGGGGGUUUUGGAGAUAGACAUUUCAAUGGAUGGAUACCGGCUGAUUUGUAUCUAGACAAUCCCCAAGGAUCCGCGUUGCAAAUGCAGGGAAACGGGUUAAAGAGACGAGGCAAGAGAUCCAGGAUCGACUAAUUGUUGAUUUGUUAGACUUGUUUGGCAAGGACGUGAUGCAAUGAUGCAGUUGGAGAUGGAUUUUUCUUGAUAUUCUUUUUAUCAAGGAUUAAAGAUAGGAUCCAUCGACAAUAGCAUUACCCUCCAAAAAUAUCAUUAGCGUCAAUAGUAAAUAUAUCUACAAGGUGUUAUGGGUCAAACUCGAGAUUGACCAACAUGACUGCCGAGUCCAUGAGAACAUGAAUCGCCAUCACCAUGGUAAGCACAAACGUGCGAGGAUUUCUACUAACAAAUUUCACCCA